AAUACCUGCUCUCCGUCGCAUGCGCGCUAAGCUGUAUACCGGGGGCGAUCGUCACUAAGCGAAGAGGGGGUCGGUGGCAGCUCGGUGUGGUUUUAACCCGGUGACGGGAAUCCCUGUUAACCCCAUGGGGAAUGUCAUAAUUGACGAUCGCAAUUGUGUGGGGAGGGAAACCAGGCUCAGGGUACGGGGGGAGAUGUGAGGGUCGUGGUGGAGGAGGGUUUAAGUACCAUGGGUAGGUACCUACGCAGAGGUACUUUCGGCUCGACAACUUUGUUGCACAGCAAGAGGAAAGCUAAGUUAUGGGCAACAUGUCGAAAUGCGUCGUGCUACGGCUGGCGGCUUGCCUGGCUGUCUUUUCUGCUGAGGUUGAUGCGUAUGGCAAGAUUGAUAGACGUCACAUUGUUUCCAAGCACAACAUUGUUCGCACACACCUAAUUGACAAUGAGACGACGCCGUUACAGGUGGGAAAUGGCAAUUUCGCUUUCAAUGUCGAUAACACGGGAAUGCAAACAUUUCUUCCCUUCAAUACUUUGUCAAGUUGGGCGUGGCACAAUGACUCGUUGCCUGCGAACGGAGAACUCCCUUCAGAUUACCAUGGCGUCCCUCGCCUGACAUACGGUCGCAACGUCUCCUACGACAUCCCCGACCCGAACCUCAAGGAGGCCACGCAAUGGCUGAUCAGCAAUCCCAACCGAAUCAACCUGGGUCGCAUCGGCCUCAAAUACAAAGGCCAGACACUAUCCGGCGAUCUGAUCACCGACCCUGAGCAGGAGCUAGACCUCUGGAAUGGAGUCAUCACCUCAAAGUUCAAGGUCGAUGGCAAGAAGGUGACUGUCGUCACCCAGGGAGAUUUCAGCGAAGAUGCCGUCGCUUUCUCCAUCGAGUCGGAUCUCGUCAAGGCUGGUAGCUUGGAGGUGGAACUCGAUUUCCCGUUCCCGCCAAUCCAUUCUACGAAGUACAAGUACGAGGUGUUUGCUGGCGUGUAUGACUUCCCAUUGAACCACACAACCACACUGGAAGAGCAAGGCAAGACCAAGGAAGUCGCACACAUCCAGCACGUCUUGCAAGAGACCAGCUACUACGCCAACUUGCGCUGGGAGCACAAGUCUCCCUUGAGCCUGACCCGCAACGAGCGCCCUGGAUCGGACAAGAUCACAGCGCAUAGAUACACUCUGCGACCCGCCGACUCCAAGAAGACGAAGUCCUUGUCGUUCACGGCACACUUUGCGCCUGCCAGCGCCGUUCCCAGCUCGCCCGAUGACAUCCAGAAGCGAAACCAGAAGGAGUGGAACAGCUACUGGAAAGACGGCGGAUUUGUCGAUCUUACGCAUUCGUCCAACCCCAAUGCGACGGAGCUGCAGAGACGUAUUGUUCUCUCGCAGUACCACGUUAGGGUCAACAGUGCUGCCAAGGGGCAGUCUCCACAGGAAAGCGGGUUGAUGAACAAUGGUUGGUACGGGAAAUUCCACAUGGAGAUGUUGGUGUGGCAUAACGCACACUGGGUCACUUGGGGAAGAAAGCAGCACUUCGACAACAUCUUCCCUGAGUUGUACGAGACCCUUUUGCCAUCUUCUUUUGCCCGCGCGAAGGAGAUGGGUUGGGAGGGCGCAAGGUGGCCGAAGAUGACAGAGCUGAGCACGGGAGUGAGCUCGCCAGGUGACAUCAACGCUGUGUUGUUGUGGCAGCAGCCGCAUCCUAUGUACUUGGCCCAGCUGGCGUAUCAAGCCACUCCGACCCGGGAAACUUUGCAGCGCUGGGACAAGGUUUUGACGGCUACUGCCGAUUACAUGGCGUCUUACCCAGGCUGGAAUGAGACGACUGGAUCUUACCAGCUCGGUCCUCCUUCUUAUGGUGUCACAGAGAACACUCCUCCUCUUUCCACCAAGAACCUUGCUUACGAGAUUGCAUACUGGCGAUACGGCCUAGGUGUCGCUCGCGAAUGGAAAGCCAAAUUGAACCAACCAGUUCCCAAGCAAUGGACGACCGUCGCAGAGAAGCUCGACCUACCUCCCCAGGUCGAUGGGAUGUACGCAACAUACGAAGGACUGAACAGCUCCUGGUGGAGCGACCCCAAGCUCACUGGCGAUCCCCGCAGCUUGAUCAUGAUGCAGGGCAUACUUCCCGAUACUCCGGCUGUGGACAAGGAUGUCGCGCUCAAGACCGCAGACAAGGUAUGGCAAGUCUGGACGGACGACAAGAUCCGCGGAUGGGGACGACCGGUCCUGGCUAUCAAUAGUGCGAGGAUUGGUAACCCCAAGCGGGCUAUCUACCACUUAACCGCGUACGACUACUGGAAGUUCGAUGAUGCUGGUUUUGCUAUUCGUGGUGGUGACGGAGGUACUCCCCCACCUUUCAUGCCUGGAAAUGCAGGCUUCCUAUACGCAGUGGCAUAUAUGGCAGCUGGUUGGCAGGGCUCACACGGGAAUGCACCAGGAUUUCCGGACGACGGGACCUGGGAUGUCAGACAUGAAGGUCUAAGACAGGCACCUUAG